UUGAGUGGAUGAUUCUAGCUACCAUCAUUGCCAACUGCAUUGUCCUAGCUCUUGAACAACAUUUGCCUGAUGGGGACAAGACACCAUUGUCUGAACGGCUGGAUGAUACAGAGCCGUACUUUAUAGGAAUCUUCUGCUUUGAGUCCGGAAUAAAGAUCCUGGCGCUUGGUUUUGCCUUCCACAAGAACUCCUACCUGAGAAAUGGAUGGAAUGUCAUGGACUUUGUGGUGGUGCUAACAGGGAUUCUGUCCACUGUGGGCUCAGAUUUCGACUUGCGGACCCUUCGGGCUGUGAGGGUAUUAAGGCCUCUCAAGCUGGUGUCCGGUAUACCUAGCUUACAGGUGGUGCUCAAAUCCAUCAUGAAGGCCAUGAUCCCCCUCCUACAAAUUGGCCUGCUGCUUUUCUUUGCCAUCCUUAUGUUUGCUAUCAUUGGUCUGGAGUUCUACAUAGGCAAAUUCCACAAAACCUGCUUUGACAACCACACAGGUGAGAUCCGGGAAGAGUUCCCAUGUGGAGAAGAACCUCCGUCCCGGGAGUGUCCAAAUGGCACCGUUUGUAAAGGGGGCUGGUUGGGACCAAACUUUGGCAUUACCCAGUUUGACAACAUCCUAUUUGCUAUUCUCACCGUCUUCCAGUGCAUCACCAUGGAGGGCUGGACAGACCUGCUCUACUAUAGCAAUGACGCCUCAGGGAGCGCAUGGAACUGGAUGUAUUUUAUCCCGCUUAUCAUCAUUGGCUCCUUCUUCAUGCUCAACCUGGUGCUUGGUGUGUUGUCAGGGGAGUUUGCCAAAGAAAGGGAGCGUGUGGAGAACAGGAGAGAGUUCCUGAAGCUUAGACGACAGCAGCAGAUUGAAAGGGAACUCAAUGGAUAUCUGGAGUGGAUCUGCAAGGCCGAAGAGGUCAUCUUGGCAGAUGAUGAGAAUGAAAAUGAUUAUGACGGUUCUCGCAGAAGAGCUACAAAAAACCAUAAGAGCAAAGCGGAGCUCCUCAAUCCAGAGGAAGGAGAGGGAGAUCUGGCAUUGGGUUCACCAUUUGCUCGUGCCAGUCUGAAAAGCUCAAAACUCGAAGGUUCAACCUUCAAGAGGCGGGAGCGGCGGUUUCGGUUCUUUGUACGACGCGUCGUCAAGUCCCAGGCAUUUUACUGGACCGUGUUGUGUUUGGUGGGCCUCAACACACUGUGUGUGGCUGUAGUGCACUACGACCAGCCUGAACCACUUUCAGAUUUUCUAUUUUAUGCUGAGUUCAUCUUCCUGGGGAUUUUCCUGACUGAGAUGUGUGUUAAAAUGUAUGGCCUCGGAAAACAGGCCUACCUCAACUCCUCCUUCAACUGUUUCGACUGCAUUGUGAUUUGUGGCAGCAUAUUUGAAGUGUUAUGGUCAAUCAUACAACCGGGCACAUCGUUUGGCAUCAGUGUGCUACGGGCUCUCAGGUUAUUAAGAAUCUUCAAAGUUACCAAGUACUGGGCAUCGUUGCGUAACCUUGUCGUCUCUCUUCUCAAUUCCAUGAAGUCCAUCAUCAGCUUGCUCUUCCUGCUCUUCCUCUUCAUAGUUGUCUUUGCCCUUUUGGGCAUGCAGCUCUUCGGAGGACAGUUUAAUUUUGAAAAUGGCACCCCUCCGACCAAUUUUGAUACCUUCCCUGCAGCAAUAAUGACGGUGUUUCAGAUCCUCACUGGUGAGGACUGGAACGUGGUGAUGUAUGAUGGCAUUCAGUCUCAGGGUGGAGUUCAAAAAGGGAUGGCCUUCUCUGUCUUCUUCAUUGUUCUCACUCUUUUUGGCAACUACACAUUGCUAAAUGUGUUCUUGGCCAUCGCUGUGGACAAUUUAGCCAAUGCUCAAGAACUGACCAAGGAUGAGCAGGAAGAAGAGGAAGCUGCCAGUCAGAAGAUUGCUCUGCAGAAAGCAAAGGAGGUGGCUGAAGUCAGCCCAUUGUCAGCUGCCAACCUCUCCAUUGCAGCCAACAAAGUACACAGUGAGUGUCACAACGCAUCCGACCCCUUUCUGGACUGCAAGGAACAGCAGAAGAAUCACAAGGGUAUCAAUAAAUCAGUGUGGGAACAGCGAACCAAAGAGCUCAGGAAGCAGACGCUGGCAUCCAGUCGUGAGGCCCUCUAUAAUGAGCUGGACCCUGAUGAUCGCUGGAAGGCAAGGACAGGGAGGGAAGAACACAACAAUGUCAACUUCGCCCGUCACGUCCGCCCCGACAUGAAGACUCACCUGGAUCGACCGUUAGUCGUUGAUCCCCGUGAGAACAGAAACAACAACACCAAUAAGACCACUGCCAACAAUUCGGACCUCUGUAUUAUCCAGCACCAUUCUUCCGAUGAGCUCCACAAACAAACCCAGCUGCAAGACCAACACGGUCAAGUAGGAGUGGGAGGCGGAGGCAGUUCAGGCCAACCCAGGGCUAUCCUGGAUCGAGGGGAGUCCACUGAGAGUAGGCGGAGUCGCAAAGGUGAGCAUCACCACAAGUCUCACGUCCGGUUGGACGCAACAGUCAUUCCAGGUCCAGGCUCAGAAGAGAGACCACCCAGACGCCAUCACCACAACCGAAGUGGCAGUCGAGGGGGAGGACAAUCAGAGCACAGGAGGACAAGGUCACAUCGAAAAAAUGCAGAGGACGGAGAGGAGGGUGGAGGAGGAGCUGCAAAAUCAGGGAGGCAUAAGAGUAAGGGAAAGAAUGGAGCAGGAAAUGAAGAUGGCAGAGACCAUCAGGGAGCCAGUGAAGGGGGUGAGAGGAGGCCAAGAAGAAGUCGGCAUAGCAAACAAUCAGAGGGAGAGGGCAGGAGGAUGUGCCAGCACAGACGGAGGGAUUGCAGUGUCCCAAACCUCUCUACCACUCGACCCAUCCAAAAGAGCCUUUCCAGGCAGAAUAGCCAGUACAGUGAGGAUAUGGACAACCUGAUGAACACCAAACUGGUCUCUGGCUCUUCUCCACCUGGCCAAAGUCAUACCAAUCCAGUUGCCAAUUACGCAUUAGCCCCUGGCUUCGGAUCUGCUCUGCAUCUUGCUAACAGUGGCACUCAUGGAAGUUUAGUCACAUUGGAUAGCUACGGUAACAUCGGCCAUCAUCGGGCGCACAGUGUGAUCAGGCUGCCUCACCCUGACUACACGGCAGUGGACAUGCCAAUUUUUCCGUCGAUUAAUGCUAUUCUCCAAGUCAAUAAAAAUGCGAACACUGAGCCUCUACCGGCAAAGGAGGACAAAGAUGACGAUGAUGACAAAGGAGGUGAAGGAGGACCCAGACCCAUGCCUCCAUAUAGUUCCAUGUUCAUCUUGUCCACUACUAACCCCUUUCGGCGGGCAUGCCACUACAUUUGUACUCUACGCUACUUUGAGAUGUGUAUCCUGUUGGUCAUUGCUAUGAGCAGUAUCGCUUUGGCUGCUGAAGAUCCUGUCUGGCCUGAAUCACCUCGGAACAAUGUACUUCGCUAUUUCGACUAUGUUUUUACUGGAGUUUUCACAUUUGAGAUGCUGAUAAAGAUGGUGGAUCUGGGCUUGGUCUUGCACCAGGGCUCUUAUUUUCGGGACUUGUGGAACAUCCUUGACUUUAUAGUGGUUAGUGGUGCUCUGGUGGCCUUUGCCUUCACGGGUAGCAGUAAAGGAAAAGACAUCAGCACUAUCAAAUCUUUGAGGGUUCUGCGAGUGUUGCGUCCUCUGAAGACUAUUAAACGGCUUCCAAAGCUCAAGGCUGUGUUUGACUGUGUGGUGAACUCUCUAAAGAACGUCCUGAACAUCCUGAUUGUCUACCUACUCUUCAUGUUCAUCUUUGCUGUGGUAGCUGUGCAGCUCUUCAAAGGACGUUUCUUUUACUGCACUGAUGAAUCCAAAGAGUUUGAGCGCGACUGCAGAGGCGAAUAUCUGGUGUAUGAACGUGAUAACGAAGUGAGGGCGCAGAAGCGGGAGUGGAAGAAAUACGAUUUCCACUAUGACAAUGUGGCUUGGGCCCUUCUCACCCUCUUCACUGUUUCCACUGGAGAGGGGUGGCCGCAGGUGCUGAAACAUUCAGUGGAUGCGACCUAUGAGAAUCAGGGCCCGAGCCCAGGAUAUAGGAUGGAGAUGUCCAUCUUUUACGUGGUGUACUUCGUGGUCUUCCCCUUCUUCUUCGUCAACAUUUUCGUUGCUCUCAUUAUCAUCACCUUCCAAGAACAAGGAGACAAAAUGAUGGAGGAAUAUAGUCUGGAAAAAAAUGAGAGAGCAUGUAUAGAUUUUGCCAUCAACGCCAGGCCUCUGACACGCCACAUGCCUCAGAAUAAAUUGAGCUUUCAGUACAAAAUGUGGGAGUUUGUGGUGUCGCCGCCAUUUGAAUAUACCAUUAUGGCUAUGAUCGCGCUCAACACCGUGGUGCUAAUGAUGAAGUAUGAUGGAGCUUCUGUCACCUACGAAGCAGUUUUAGCCAACCUCAACAUAGUAUUUACUUCCCUCUUCUCCUUGGAGUGUGUCCUUAAGAUCAUUGCCUUUGGGGCUCUGAACUAUUUCAAAGAUGCCUGGAAUAUUUUUGACUGUGUGACAGUUCUGGGCAGCAUUACAGACAUCCUGGUCACAGAGCUUGGGGAUAAUUUCAUCAACUUAAGUUUCCUAAGGCUGUUCAGAGCAGCUCGUCUCAUCAAGCUGCUGAGGCAGGGAGAAACCAUUCGCAUCCUGCUCUGGACAUUUGUUCAGUCGUUCAAGGCACUCCCUUAUGUCUGCCUUCUCAUUGCCAUGCUGUUUUUCAUCUAUGCCAUAAUCGGGAUGCAGCUAUUUGGGAAUAUUGCUAUUGAAGAAGAUGGAGAGAGUGCCAUCAACCAACACAACAACUUCAGGACCUUUGUGCAGGCUUUGAUGCUUCUCUUUAGGAGCGCGACAGGAGAGGCGUGGCAUGAGAUUAUGCUGGCUUGUCUGGGGGGUAAGGAGUGCGACAUCAAUUCAGGAAACACAGGGCCGGAGUGUGGAAGCCAGGUGGCCUACCUCUACUUUGUCUCCUUCAUCUUCUUCUGUUCGUUCCUGAUGCUGAAUCUGUUUGUAGCCGUUAUCAUGGACAACUUUGAGUACCUGACAAGAGAUUCAUCUAUUCUGGGACCUCACCACCUUGAUGAGUAUGUAAGGAUAUGGGCCGAGUAUGAUCCUGCUGCCUGCGGGCGCAUACAUUAUAAGGACAUGUACAGUUUAUUACGAGUUAUCGACCCGCCUCUUGGCUUAGGAAAGAAAUGCCCCCAUAGGGUGGCCUGCAAGAGACUACUUCGCAUGGAUCUACCUGUGGGUGACGACAACUCUGUCCACUUCAACUCCACACUCAUGGCUUUGAUCCGCACAGCUCUGGAUAUCAAGAUUGCAAAGGGUGGCAUUGACAAGCACCAGAUGGACGCGGAGCUGAGGAAAGAGAUGAUGGCGAUAUGGCCCAACCUCUCCCAGAAAACUUUGGAUUUGCUGGUCACGCCACACAAGGCAGCUACAGACUUGACGGUUGGGAAAAUCUACGCGGCCAUGAUGAUCAUGGAAUACUAUCGCCAGAGCAAGAUCAAACGAUCCCAGGCUCUUCGUGAUGAACAGAACCGAACGCCAUUACUGUUUCAGCGCGUGGAGCCACCAACCCCCUCCCAGGAUGGGGGUCCAGGACUCAACAACGCCUUGCCUCUGCCUGGCACAACAGAUACUGGCAGCAGCUUGCCGGUGGAGGGCGGGAUCCCAGAGAGCCAGUCGUGGGUGACGGCUCGUGCCAAGGAGAUGUCCCAGAAGGUUGGCAGCUGGAGCCCUGAAGGACACUCUGAAGAUGGCCUGGGAAGCAUGUCCAACUCACAGACGGUAGAGAUGAGAGAGAUGGGGCAGGAUGGUAUCUCGGAUACUGAGCUAUUUCCGCCAAUGGAAGGCCACGGCAGGGCCGCUUCCAUGCCCCGCCUCCCAGGCGACAACCAACAGCGGAGGAAAGGGAAGCACCGUGGCAGUAACCUCAGUACCAUCAGUGACAACAGUCCAAUGAAGCGGUCCGCCUCGUCUCUGGGCCACAGCAGGUCUGGGCGAGGACACAGAGACAAAGGAGAUGAUUACCACAUGGAGUCUUCAAUACCCGAGGAGGGGAGAGCUACUAGACACGGACACCGGCGAAAGGAUCGCAGUCAUCGAGCGUCUGAGCGGUCCCUCUUUCGCUACAGUGAAAUUGACACAGACCUGAGCACGACCACACAGUCUGGUGACCUCACAUCGAAAGAGAAGGACCGAGACCGGGGUCGAUCCAAAGACCGUAAGCACCACCACCAUCAUCACCACCACCACGGCUCCGUGGACAAGGAACGCUACGUGCCAGAACGCGGUGGCGAAUAUGGACAUAGACACUCCCGGGACAGGGAGCAUGACCGGGAGAGGGACAGAGACCGGGAACGACGCUGGUCGCGAUCUCCCAGCGAGGGCCGUGACAACGUUCCGCACAGACAGGGCAGUAGUUCAGUCAGCGGAAGUCCAGUUCCAUCGACCUCGGGAACCAGUACACCACGAAGAGGUCGCCGACAGUUGCCUCAGACCCCUGCCACACCUCGACCCCAUGUCACGUACUCCCCUGUAGUCCGUAAGUCCAUGCCCACUCCUCCUGUGGGACCGCAGGGCAGACCCCCAGCCCCAGGUCCCCGCCACUUUUCUCCAGAGCCUCUUCAAGGGCAGGGUCCACCCCCAGCUGGAGUCCCAAUGGCCCAUCAUGGCACACCCCGCCAGAGUCAUCAUCCCCCACUACGCUGGGGUGACUCAGGUGGAGGAGGCGGUUCCAUGGAAGGGGAUAGCUGCUUCUACAAUCAGGAGUACCAAGACUAUGAUCCACAGCAUGAACCGCCUGCCUAUGAGCCAAGUGCCAUGCAGGGUGGAAACCCUCACCCCCACGCCCUGGCUAACCACCCUCUGCCUCCUCCCACACAACCGCAGUCUCACAACCCCCAAGCCCUUCCUCCUUCACAACCUCAUCCGGUGAACAACCCCCACCCGCAGCCCUCUCGCACCUCACCCAGGACUAUCAGCCAUGCGAUUCCUCCCACCACUGCCCUGACUGGGCCUGUGCAGAACCAGGUUCAGCCUGCUGCCCAGCGCCGCCUACCAAAUGGCUACCGAUCGUCAUCCCCUUCCACACACCUCCAUGGACCUCCACACACUGGGCCUCACAAGGUUCCUCCUCCGGCUGGGCAUCCGAGGGGUCCCCGCAAGGGACUGCACGAACCCUAUGGUGAGAGGGAGGAAGACGAUUGGUGCUAGCCCCCGGGGACGGGGGAGGGAUGUAUAAUCAAUAGACUGGGGAAAAAAGAGAGCUCCUAGCCAGAGCAGUGACUGCCAAGGGAAACCACAACCUUUCUUUUUCAUCUGGUUAUUAGUUUUCGUCACCCCAACUUCUCGGGGUGCCACGUGGACGCUUCACGGGAUGAAAGAUUUCUAUCAGCGUAAAAGGUUGAGUCUGGAGAAACAAGAAGCAACAACUUUUGUGUUCUGCUUGCGUUGUUGAUCAUCUCUUGAUGCCAAAAGAGACCAAGCUCAGAUUUAAGUUUUUUUAAGGUGGGAGGAGAAAUGAUAGACACUACUCUUUGUGUCUUAAUUUAUGCCUCUGGCAAUGAGCUAUAGCCACUUACAAGAUGUCAAGAGUUGCGACUCGAUAAAAGACACUUUAAAGUCAGAGCAAAAGGAACAACCUUUUAUUUUCCUUUUAUAACGUUUUCUCGAGGCUAACUAUUGAGCUAGCCGUAAAAGUAGUCUAAUCCAACCCUCCCAGCCACCAAUGAAAUAUUGAUGAGUUUUAUCAUCUGUGUUUUUAAAUCUGACAACGAGCCCUCUGCCUGUAAAUGGUAAGAAGGCUAAGUGGGUGGGAGAGUUGGGAAGUGUUGCAGGGGUGGUAAAACGUCUCUGUCAAAAAAGCCAGAGGACUGAAUGGGUGUGUUGGCAAAAUUUAACACACUCCUCUCAGAGACAGAAAACAAACAAAAAAACUUUAGCCAACCUCAUCCCAUGACCAAGAAAAAAAAAAAAAACGAGGAAGGAUUUCACCAACAAAAAAUAACUGUUUUCUGCAGUAUUUCUUGUUCUACUCCUGCGGCUGCUUCUUAUUCUUCCUCCUCCUCCUCCUCCUCUUCUUCUUCAGAACAUCGAAGCUUGAAUCUUCUGUUGCACACCACACAGCUUCGUUUUUUUUAAGACUUGCGGAGUUGUAACACUUUAUGGAAUCCUGCAUGAAUGCUACAAAAGAAUACUAAUGAUACAAACAACGAGAAUCUACUGUCUGUUUGGGAGGAGGGGGUCUCUCCUCCUUUCCGCUGUGGUCUGUAGGGUUUCUCUCUUUUUUACUGAAAAAUACUUUCUGUUUCUCUCUUUGUGCUCUGAAUGACAUUCCUCUUGCCGUACCUUCAUUUUCAGUAAAAAUCAAACGACAGAGGGCUACAAGGGAAAUCAGAUAGUUAUUGUAUGUUUAUCGCGGGUGGGUGUGGUUGGGGGGUGGGGGGCGUUUUGCUUGCUCGUCUACUGUCCGUUCUGUGCCAAAUGCCUGCCACUGAUACAGCUGGAAUUGCACAUAUUUUUAGUGAAAGUGACUUUUUUGUAACAAACGUCAUCAUGCUAUUAUGAUAUAUUGGGUAGCAGGGUAAACUUAACAUGGACUGAUUGUUUUAUUUUUUAUUUUUUUUUCGGGUUAUUUGUAACGUGGGUUCAGUGAUGGUGAAAUAAGUCAGACAAAUCAGUAACUCAAAUCUUAAAGUCUUCCAGGGUUUGGGAUUCAAACAGAGGGAUCAGAGAGGAAGAGACCAAUAGAAAGGCACAGAAAGGAGAGAAACUCUUCAUCUUUGUUUUUCUUCGUCUCCGAGGGAAAUGUUGGAUAAACUGCUAAUGUAAUUGCUUGUAUUUGAUUAGUGAUUGUGAGAAUGAGAUGGAUGUUCUGCGUUUAUUAUUAUUAUUUUUUCAUUUUUUUUGGAGCUCAGGUAAUCCUUUUUCCAACCCUGUGAUGAACCUCUAACACUCAGACAUGCUGUGGGAGAAGGAUUUUUGCUUGUCCCCUCUUUAGAGAUGGCUCUGGUAACAGGCACAGAAACUCACAGAGCUCCGGAGGUAAUCAAUCGGAUAAUAUCUGCACUGGGAACAUGUCAAAUAAUCUGACAUAUACCUUUGAAAGAGGUGGACUUGAUUUAAAACAAGGCAGAAGGAUGUGUAAAUUGUUCAAUGUUUAGCACCACUAAACAUUUUACUAAAAAAAAACAAGAUUGGGGAAAAAAUUAACUCUAUGUCGAGACAUGCUUCUGAAGAUAAGAGCAUGUAAUGUUUUUAUUUUAAAGGGGAUUUUUACAGAUUUUCAACAUUACUGUUUUAUUCAUUCAUUUAUUUGUGUAUUUUAUGUACUGAAAAGACAAAAAUAACAGGUAUCUCAAAAGGUUCUCAAAAAGCUACUAACAUCGUUGUAUGCAACCUUUAGAUGCAGAAUCUGAAGGUUGUUUCAUUUAGAAACUGUUCAUCCAUUCUGAACAGGAGAGCUAAAGUGCAGUUUUAGAACAAGGAAGGUAAUAUAGUUUUGUAAUUCCCACAAACCACAUGAUCUCUGUCCCCUUUAUCCUUCAGCAAGCUUAAACAUUUUCAAAUGGCAAACCGCUCCAAGAUGUGCACAAAAUGAAUGCAAGCUUUCAGUUUUGUGUCUAACAAAGAUUCACAACUACACAGCAGACGUAUCAAGACUUGUAUCAAUUUAUUAUGGUAGAAUUUAAAGCAUUACUGCCAGUAUUUUUGGACUUACCAUAUUUAUUAUUAUAUUUUGUUAUGUGUUAAUUAUCCAUUAAUUCUGUCUUACCAGUCAACUGUCUGCAGCAGUGAUAAUAACAACUCUUGAGAUUAAUAUAAAAACCCAACAAAAUGCUAAUUAUGGCUCACUCACAUCUCUUAUGAUUAGUAAUAUAUUAUAUUUACGUUGAAUAUAAAAAUACAUCAGCUUUGCCUUACAAUGUACAAAGACAACCUAGUCUUUUGGAAAAUCCAUAAAAAAUAUAUAAAUGUAAAUGAUUAUGAGGUUGUGUUGUUUUAAAAGGUAUGCAGUUAUGAAAUAUUAAAAUGUGUGAUGCCUAUAAAGCAUUCAAACAACAAAAUUUAUCAAUAACACGCCCUUUACAAAUGUAUGUUUCCAAAAAGAGUUGCUUUGUUAAGGUCCACAAUAACUGUCCAGAUUUUUCCACUUGAAAACCAGUUUCUCAAUGCAUAGCUUGAAAGAGGGGCGGGGCGGUUGUAGAAAAUAAUAAGUUUCUGUCUUACAUGUUUGAAGUCUCAAUAGAACCAUGUUUUGACUCUGCCAGUUUCUGUGUCUGCAGCCAGGUGUUGUUAGCUCUCUCAGGCAGGUGAUAAAUCCAAAAUGUUUGACACCACUGGCGACCUCCAGGGGGUGCAAUAUGACAGUAAAACUCAAUUCCGUUUGAGUGAGCGUUGUGCUUGUAGCAUUUUCUCUCACCUCCAGACCACCUCAUCAGUGUUCACCUUGUCAGCAGGUGAGCGAACUCCACUGUAGCACAGUUGAGACGGGUUGGAGAAAUGACGUUUUGGGCUUUUGCUGGUAUUCUGGAAAUCACCUGGGUUUCUGAGUGUUUUGCUCCUGUGCAGCUUCCGAUUCCUCGUCGGUGUGUUUCUCUGUGUGCCUCAAAACAACCCCGGUCACCAACGCACACCACUGUCUGCCCCAGAGCACUGCUGUUUUUCCGUUUAUUGUGUUUAAGUUGACCAGCGUUUUGAACCUGGAGGCCUAUCACACGUUGACCAGAGAAUGCAUCAAAAACAAAAACAGAAAUGAAAAAUAAAAACUGCCUAUUAGUGUCUUUCCAGCCUUAGUGGGAUGUCACAAACAAGUACUUUUCACAUCACUACACUGAAGGAAAAAAAAGUAAAAUAAAACAUCAGAAAGCAACUAGGUAUGUAGCUCCUGGUUGUGGGGUGUGGAAGUGAGCUUUUUGCUCGUAUGUAUGUACACUGGUGAAUGUGUUUGGGAUCACUGAAGUUUUAUUUCUUGUGCUUGCUUUUGUUUUCUAUGCUUUGUCAGCAGAAAUCCUUUUUCAAGUUCUGAACAUGUCUGUCAUAUCAUUGUGACAGUUCGCGAUUGUCCGUGUUUAUGAGCGCGUGUGCUGUCAGUCAAACCUCUGAAUGAGACGUUCAAAACCUGAGCAUUCACUUUUCCAUCUUUGUGUAUAUGCUGCAGUAAAAUCCACUAACACGCUGAUUAACCACACGAGUUCUUCAAAAAGCAAUGUAAAGUCGCAAUGGGGAGGAGAAAAGUAUUUUUUGUUUGUUUGAUUGAUUUUUUUUUUAAGUAUAAAAGAUUAUCAAAAAAGUUAAAAAAAAAUCUAGUUCCAGAAAUGCAUGUGCUAUGUGCAUGCCACACCGUGGGUUAAAAGUCAUCUUCAGGACAGAAAAGAAAAAGCACAUUAAUUAAUUCAGAGAAAUAAGGGGAAAAAAGAUAUAUAAAUAGAUAGAUGUUUUUAAAAAAUCAAAAAAAGCAAUGUUUCUUUUUUUCUUCUAUUUUUGAAAACAAAAAAGACAAAAAGUAAAAAAAAAAAGAAAGAAAAAAUGAAAACACUGAAGAGACUUUGGUAAGACUCGAAGUCUUGUUUCUUUUCUUCAUUUAUGGGGUUGAGACACAACACAUCCAAGUUCAGGACACCGCAAAAAAAAAAAAAAAAAAAAAAUUUAAUUAAAAAGAGAGAAUAAAUAACACAGUUCCGAAGAUGGUGUAUUCUCUUAUCUACUCAUGUGAGGAUCAAGGGGUGCAGCUAGCCAAAUCUGUUGAUGUGCUUGUUCUCACUGGCUGUUGGACCUUUGAUCCUUCACUAACGUACCCCCCUCCCUCUCUAACUCUUAUCUCUCUCACUCUCGGCCAGUCUCACCGCUAUUUCUACCAGUGCAUUUUGUAAUUCCAAACAGAUCUCUUCCUAAAGAAUAAAAUCCAGAGAGAAUGCA